AUGCCUCCAACAAAGGUCCUGGAGCGGAACCCUGCGUCAAUACAGGACUCAUGGCUUGUUCCCAGUGCUCUUUGGUUAAGUAUUGCUCAGGACGAUGCCAACGUCAACACUGGUCCAAACAUCGCCUUGAUUGUGAACACCAGUACUUGCAACACGACUGGGAACCGGGCUGGAUCGUCUUCUUCUGUCGACAACUUCAAAAAUACAGGAUUUCCCGCAUAUGACAUCCUCCAGCUUCAGCAUAACGAGGGCGAGCUCUAUACCAAAGAUCUCAAAAUUUGCAUGACAGCUGCUAGUGAUAUUCGCAAUCUUGUCCAAACCGUCAACCGUCUUCCGAAUGGGUACCCGGGAAAAAUCGAUAUUCUCCUCAACAACAGCAACACGGUCGUUCUCAACCGGAUGCUGGUCAUCCUCUGUGCUCUUCUCACUCCUGGACCAUCCAUCGACGAAUCUGCCGAACUGGCCCUGCAUCUGAUGUAUUCUGCCAGCCUUCCUGAAACUGCGGCGUCGUACAUGCGUUACUGCGUGAACACCAUAUACGGCGAAGAGCUUGCUGACGGAGAAAUGUCCUUCCAAACAACACUACGAACCCGCGGGCGUGGAAAACUAUACUCUGCACAGCCAGCUUCUGGGAUCAAAAAGCCAAUGGAGAUGUUUUCUUCAACAUGCAGUCUCUCGAAGACGAUCGAUGCAAUGAGAGAAAGCCUGCAGGACCCUUUUCAGAUAGACGAUAGAGAGAAACUUUUGUCUAUGCUUGUGCCGGGACACAGGCUCGCGCUUGACAGGUUCUGGAAGACGGGCAUUCUGGCACCAUUCUCAUUGGAUCUCAAACCCUUCAAGUCACCGAACAGAUUAAUGUUUUCUUCUCAAGGAGAAUGGAUGGGACUUAGCAGUGACAUUAAUCCACUGCACGGGUGGGACGUCUCAGCAGUACGAACCACGGGACUUCGAUUUGGGCUCGACCCUACGGCAGACAUAAUUGGUUGUCUCUUCUUCCAUAUCAAAUCCGAGCUUCGCGAGUUCUCUUUGCGAAUGAAGGAGCUUAACAUCAACCUCCAUUUGCUGCAGUACGAUUCUCGCCUCCUCUCUAAGGGCAUCUCCAUAGGGGUCCUGCCCGCCUUCUCUGACGCCUCCUUCGACCGCAUCGAUAUUGGCGACAUGUGCGACCAGAUGGACAAUCUCGCCGAGUGCCUCGCGGACUGGGGUCCGCUCUUGAACAAAAAUAACCCCGACUCCUGUUUGUUCAUGCACUCCAAGCAAUGGCACGAAGAAUUUCCUAGUUCCAUUGCGCGCAACAAUCCUAGGGCAGCCAAAAUCCUCAUGGAGCGAUGUCAGACCAUGCCUUCUCUGAAAUCCAAGCUGAAGUCGUUCUUCAAGACACCACAGGCGCCGUCUAUCGUCCGCCUGAUGGCCUCCUUGGACGCGUUCGUAGAUCAUGAAGCCGCAUUCCUUCGCUAUUUGGAAGCCCAAGAAGCGGACGCCAUCACAGCCAGCCUCGGUCUGUGCAUACGCCAGGUCCACAGCGUACACCCAAAGAGAGUCGGAAUCCCACUCACGUCCGCGCAUCAAAAGUUGCCCAACCUCUCCAAGGAAGAGUUUUACGACCUGUUCACGAUCGGAGGCUCUGACCUUACCAUACGUUUCGCGGAGUUUGUGUUUGCUGACCUUGAGUAA